AAAUUCGCGGAGAUUGGUCGACUUCGCGUGAAUUCGCGCGAUCGCAACACCGUGAAUUCCUGGAGGGACUGAAUAAAUAAAACCCGAGAUAUCGAACAGGGAGAAGUGAAACUCCUGCAGCUUCACUUUCUGCACAAACCGACGUGUGACGUCACGGCGGCUCCGUCCAUCUUCCUGUACAUCCAUCCAGUCUAUUUACUACCACAGAAACACACACAGACGCUGGGAUCUGGAGGUAACUGGGCAGCGGCAGGAUGGCUACAGCUACACUGCAGUCAUUCAACGUGUUCCUGACGGAGAGGCUGACCGCGGCCGCCGUGGACAUCUUCGGCUUCGUGGAGCGGACGGUGGUGGAGUACCAGGAGGAUCUGCACCGAGCCCAGCUGGAGAACCAGAGGCUGCAGAGGCUGCUGGACCUGGUCUACAAGCCGCACAUCAGGCUGCACAGGGCAGAUGCCAAACAGUCGACUGUUGCACUGACAUCCACGGAGGACGUUCCCCUUAAACAGCAGGACUGGAGCCCGACUGUGACCCAGGACGAGGCAGGACCGUCGCUGGUUAAAGAGGAGGAGAGGGAGGAGCUGUGGAUCAACGGGGAAGACCAGCAGUCGGCAGAGGACAGCGACGACGGCGACGCUUUGACCAAAGAACUCAUCAAAACAGUGCAGCAGUUGGAGGACUGUAGAGCAGCCGAGGAGAGCAGAGAGUCAAAGCAAACUGCCGCCGACGACCCGAUGCUCUCCGAAGAGAAGACGAGCACCACCUUAUACCGCUGCCAUAUAUGCAACUACAUCUUCACCAAAAAGACGGUGCUGACGUGGCACCUCAAGACGCACGAAAGCAAGUCGCAGGACAGCAAAGGCAACUUUGACUGUCACAUCUGCGGGAAGCACAUCCCGUGUCAGAGCAACCUGCAGAACCACAUGAGAGUUCACACAGGAGAGAGACCAUACAGCUGCCAUUUCUGCGGCAAGUGUUUCAAGCUGAAGGGACACAUGACAGAACACAUAAGGACUCACACAGGAGAGAAGCCUUUCAGCUGCCACAUCUGUGACAAAUCCUUCAACAGGGGCUCCACGCUGAGGAAACACGUUUUAGCCAAACACAAAGAGGAGCGGCCUUAUAAAUGUAGUAACUGUGAUGAGUUAUUUACUGAGAGGCUGCUGAUGAAGAGGCACAUGAGGAAAGUUCAUGGUGUCAAACUGCCCACGAGUCAAAGUCCAGUCUGAGAGCACUUUAGAGCAGAUGCCAUUAAUCAUGAAUGAAGCAUACGGUCUAAAAUCUUUGAGGUUUUCAUGUAACAGUUUUAAUUGACGACAAAAUCCUAUUCAAGUAAAGCAAAUUGCCAAAUAUAGUUUAAAAGCAAUUAACCAUAGAAUAACUAAAAAAUGUAAUGGAAUUGAUAAUAAUUAUACUUGAAAUGUUUGACAUGAUGGGAAAUAUGCUUAAUUUUGAGAGAUAUAAGUGUCAAAUUGGGGCCAGGAAGCGAUUAGCAUAGCUUCGCUCCAUUCAGUAAUGCAGGGUGGCCCAAAAGUAGGCUUACGCUUAGUAGAUAUGCACUUUACGAUUUGAGAUAAAUUGCCUGGCGUGAAGGUGGAGGAGAGGCUCCUUGCCAUGAUGUGUUGUAUUUUCACACUUCCAAUACAGCUUUAGUAUGCGCUCUCUUUUGCUCUUGAUUUAUUUUGUUUGCCAUUUGCAAAAAAGUGUUACAAAAAAAAAAAAAGACAGCAUAAAAAUCUAAACCAAAAUUGGAAGAAAUAGCUUAAAGACAUUUCCGAAAUGUGAAAAAGGGAUAUGGAAUACUGGUUUGGAAUAAUAGUUUGGAUAAAUUAGAUCUAAACCGUGAAACAAAUAGUGAAACAACUGUAAACCUACUUUUGGCCCACCCUGUACACCUCUUCAGCUUAAUUAACAUUUUGUACCAUGUUUGCAGUGACUUCCAGCAGUGAUGUGAAAACAAAUCGGUUGUUCAUCUGGUUCUAUUACUGGUAAAUAGAGAAUUUAACGAUGUGUUACAGUAAUUAGCUAUUUAAUUGGUUUUAGGGAUGUCAAACAAGGUUUUGAUCUGAGUCAUUUAAUAUUUAGCAUCUGCCAGUAACCAACACCAUUUUCCAACGUAAAACACACCUGUGUUGUAGAUUAGCUGUUGUACCUGGGUGCACCAGCAGGUGGAGCUAUUGCAGGGGUUUAGCUUGCAACGGGUCACCAUGACACUUAAAGGCUUCAUGUUUAGGAGCUGUUGUUUGAGACAAAUCAGGAACAACUUGUGCAGUGCUUUAAUGACUUAGUAGCAUAUGGAAUACAACUUUCUUUACAGCUCAGUCCUAAACUUUGAGAUCAGCUUAGGACAUCCAUGCUCAUAAGUUUUUUUAAUUGGAUUUUCGACAGAAUUAUCUUAGCUAUUUUCACUGCUUUCAGGGAAGCUAAGCUAAUCAGCUACAGACUAUUUUGCAGGAUGUGAAAAUGAUAAAUAUUUUCAGAAAAUUUGCCUAUAAGCAUAUUUCCCACAAUGCCAUACUGUUUCUUUGUGCUCUGCUAGGCCAACUCCCUACGGCUCUAAAACCUUUAACAGGAAACUGAUGAAAAUAUAUUUUCCAAAAUGUAAAAGUAUUUCUUUGAAUUAAAUAGAACAAGGAUUCUGUACCAACUUUUAUCACUUAGGAGUUUGUUUAAACUCUAUAGAGUAAAUGCUACAGACACAUUAUGGUCACUUACUUAUGGUCAUAACCAGCACAAAAGUGGCAAGCAUACAUUAAUACUAUCAGUGCUCUACAAAUGCACAAUACUGUACUGUAAUUCUUAUGACUGCCUCUUUGAAAUUGUGAAUCACUUAGUCAACUCCACAUGGAAUCUGGAAUUAAAUACUAGAUUAUUUCUGUGCAGCAUAGGAUGCACUACUUUAAAGAGAUUACAUAGAUAUCUACAGUAUGUUUCUUUAUUCACUAUGAACUCAAUCUGUUGGACUUUUUAAAAAUCUCAAUAAUCUGAACUAUAAGAUACACAACUGUGUCUGUAAAUUAAUGAUACAUAUAUUUCUCUGUAAAAUAGUUUCAUGUAUUUAGAUAUAUUAUACAUAACUUGUAUAAAUUGGUUGUAAUUAUUUACCUUUGCCAAAGUUCUAUCAUAUGAUGAACCUGUUAUGUGAACAUGAAAAUAUAAAGCUCGAAAAUUCCCACACAUUUAGGUGUGAACAUAUGGGAAGAAAGCA